AGAGCCCGGCUUGGCCAUGAAAACCCCGGGAGCCGAGCGCCCGGCAGGUAGACGCCGGUUGUGUGAGCAGCGUUGUGAGGCGGCAUGAGUGGGCACGUUGGAGACCUCAGCGUACAGCAGGGGGAGGCGCUGGCCAAGUUCCGUGAGAACAUCCAGGAUAUUCUCCCUCUGCUCCCUGACCAAGAUGAUUACUACAUCUUGAAAUGGCUACGAGCCAGGUGUUUUGACUUGCAAAAGUCUGAAGCCAUGAUCCGGAAGCAUGUUGAAUACCGGAAGCACAUGGACGCUGAUCAUGUCUUCGAGUGGCAGCCUCCAGAGGUCAUUGAGAAAUAUCUGUGUGGGGGAAUGUGUGGUUUCGACAGGGACGGCUGCCCCGUCUGGUACGAGAUGGUCGGACUUCUUGACGCCAAAGGCCUCCUCUUCUCGGUUUCGAAACAAGAUCUGCUAAAAAAAAAGUUCCAGCAUUGUGAGAGGGUGCGGAGAUUGUGUCACGAGCAGACCCAGAAGCUGGGGAGGAAGAUUGAAACGGUCAUAAUGGUUGGAGAUUUCGAAGGGCUGGGGUUAAAACAUCUCUGGAAGCCGGCCAUUGACGUCUUCUCCACGAUUCUUUCCAUGUUUGAAGAGAACUAUCCAGAGUCGCUCAAGCAAGUCUUUAUUAUAAAAGCUCCCAAAAUCUUCCCUGUGGCUUACAACUUGGUGAAGCACUUCCUGAGUGAAGACACUCGCAAGAAGAUUGUGGUUCUAGGAGCAAACUGGAAGGAGGUUUUGCAGAAGCACAUUGACCCUGCAGAAAUCCCUGUGGAAUACGGCGGAACCCUCACAGACCCAGAUGGGGACCCCAAAUGUAAAACCAAGCUUACCUACGGCGGAGACAUCCCCAAGAAAUACUACGUUCAGGACCAGCUGAAGCAGCAGUAUGAGCAUUCGGUGGUGGUGAACCGGGGCUCCUCGCAACAGGUGGAAUGUGAGAUCCUCUUUCCAGGCUGCGUCCUUAGAUGGCAGUUCAUGUCUGAUGGUGCUGAUAUAGGCUUUGGUAUCUUCUUGAAGACCAAAGUUAGGGAGCGUCAGCGUGCCAGCGAAAUGGCGGAAGUGCGUCCAAACGAACGCUACAAUGCCCACCUGGUGCCCGAAGAUGGCUCCCUCACCUGUGCGGAUGCUGGUAUCUAUGUCCUGCGGUUUGACAACACGUACAGCUACAUCCAUUCCAAGAAAGUUAGCUACACGGUGGAAGUGCUCCUGCCGGACAAGAAAUCGGAAGAGCAAUUCCAGCAACUGGAGGACCAGGCGAAGGAGCUGACAAUCAACCAUGCCUGACGGAGCCUUAUUCUCCCUCACCCCAGAGCACCCUGAAAUGCUUCUCCCCAACCUUUGGGAGGGGUGUUUAUGGGGCGAGGCAGCAGGAAUAGCUGAUGUUUGGGGUGGGGGCUAACAUCUUGAUGGCUUUUGCUGCAGGCAGUUGGAUGUGAUGACGGAUGGGUCUCUUCUACUCCCACCAUGGGACAGUCCCCCUGUCCUAAAGUUUUUAGGGCUUUGGGGGGGGAGAGGGAUUGAUACCACAAAGCUUAUGAUGGUGGAAAGCUGGAAUUUUAUAUGGCCAGUAUUGGGGCCUGGCUCCCUUCCUCUUCUUUCUCUUUCUCUCUCUCUCUGCCUGUCCUGGUGGGAGAUUGGCAAAGGCCUCCCUCUGUGUUUACAUUGCUCUUGAGACCAAGGGUGGAGAACCGUCUCUUCUUCUCCCUCCCUAGUCAAGGAAGGUAAUCCGUCAAGGGCCGCAUACCGGCAGUGGGCGGAGCACAGGCAAAAGUGGGUGGGGCCACCCCCUUUUCUCCAUCCCGUCCUCUAAGCUGCUGGAGCAAGAUCACUGUUGUGCAGAGGUCUGAACCAAGUGCUUGCCGGUGGCUUCUGAAACAUGGCCAAGGGCCACCUGCAUCCUUAGGGCUGGAGGUUUCCCACAUAGAGCUAGGUUCUAAGUAUAUUGGGUGAGAGAAGGAAAAAGGCUUAGGAACUCCUUUGCUGAACCAGACUAACAUUCACGUAGUUCAGGAUUUUGUUCCCAUUUAGUGGCCAACAAGGUCUAAAGGCAAUGCCUCAUCCUGUUGUUGAUCUUCCUUACAGGUAGAGGUAUGCUGCUCCUGGCCUUGGAGGUUCCACUUGGCAAAUAAUCGCUGAUGGACCUGUCCUCUAUCUCAGGGGCAGCCAAUAUGAUGUCCCCCACACACGUUGCUCAGCUCCCAUCAUCCCUGACCGUCGGCCGUUCCCUGUCCCUGAUCAUUUCCCCACUCUCAGGAGAGAAUGCCUCUUCUAAAAAGAGGAAAAGAGGCAUUCUCUAAUCUCUUGAAUGCUGAAGGUUCCCAAGCUAUGGCUUGAAGACCACUCUUUUUUGGGGGGGGGGGUCCAUGGCAUGCCUGUGGAUUUCUGGUUGAAGGUGGGAGACGGCAUAUCAAUCGCAUUAAAUAUUCAUCUUGAUUUUUAAUUACAUUUUUAUUGCUAUGUUAUGUCGUGUAUGGCACUUUAUUGCAUCGCAGUGUGAAUCCCAUGGAAUUCAAGUUGUAAUAUGACAAAAUUCAACAUAGAUGAAAUAAAAUGAGCAAUGAAAAAUGCAAUUAAAAAUAAGGCAGCAUGUUCCACAGCGCCUUGCAAUUGGUACAACAGGUAGAAAAAUGACCGAGUGGUCCGCCAAGAACCUCUGCGAGAGGUCCACAGGAAAGAAAGUUUGGGAACCACUCCAAUAGGGGAUGCUACUUUUUAGAGCAAGGGUGGCUCACCUGUAGUCCAGCAGCACCAGGAGAGCUCAACUCCCAUCCUCCUUGACCAUUGGCGGUGUUGUCUGGGGCUGAUGAGAGCUAGAGUCCAGCAACAUCUAGAGGGCCACAGGUGUUUCCCACCUGCUGCUCUAUGAAUUUGCCUAAUCCUUCCCCCCCAAUCCCCUUCCUAAAAGCCACCUUUGCUUAUUGGCUGUCACCACUUCUUGCAGUGAAUUCCACAAGUUCGCCAAGCAUGGUGUGAUGUCCGUCUCCCAGACCUGGUUGGCAGGGCUCAUGCUUCCCCAUCAGCCGUUUACGGUGUCCUGCAAGGUCCCACCUUGACCAUUCUGUGCCCCCCCUCCCCCCAAUCCUGGCUAUUCCCAAGAAUAGCACAGGCAUCUCUAAAACUGUCUGCAGAGAACCAUGGACUGCCUUCAAGUCGAUCUUGAAUUAUGGUGAUUUCAUGGUAAGCUGUAUUCAGAGGGAGUUUCCUAUUGCCUCCCUCUGAGGCUAGUCCUCCCCGGCUGCCUAGGGCCUGCUCAGCUUGCCAUAGCUGCACAAGCCAGCCCCUUCCUUGUCCACCACUUCCAGCUGGGGGGCAACUGGGCUCCAUGGGACUAUGCAACUUGCCCACGGCUGCACAGGUGGCAGGGCCUGUAACUGUCGGAAUUUCUCUAUUGAGAUGAGUAGCAGAGUUGCGUAGUGCUGCGGAACGGAGAGUAUUGAGCGAGCUUAGUGUGUGUGUUUGAACCUUUGCUAAGAUUCUACCUUCCCUGCAAAUUAGUCAGACAGAAACUUUAAGCUUUAAAAUAAGAAACAACUACUUUAUUCUGGAAGUACAUGCUUGAUAGGAAAGAGUUCUAUAUCUAGCUAACUGGCUAUGCUGGAGCAACGAGCACUGGUCCCAGUACUCGCCCUCAUCCUGGUUGAGAGAAGAGACAAAGGGAAGAUGUCUGCUCCCCUCUCGAGAGAAAGAGAACACAGAGAGAGGUGGGAAGGAACUGGGAUCAAACAUCCUGUUGCUUAUCAGUGUAGCAGGAAGGGACAAGACGGCAGGGUCAAAGGGAUAGGUAUGGCCUCAACCAGCAAGAGGUCUAGCUCUCUCUAGCUACCUUUAUUAACCCCAUGCAGCCUCAACCCACCAAGUUGGAGUUGAACCUCAUACAUUCCAACAGUAACCCUUGAGCCACUCCCUGUGGGGGUGAUCUUUAGCUGGCCCUUGACACCCAGGAGACUUGAGCGGGGAUUUGAACUCACAGACUCUGGACUCCCAGACAGGGUCUCCUCCCCACUGUGAACCAACACACUGGGAAACGACUUGGCUGCAAAGGCCUCCAGCCAACUUUCUCCCCCCUCAAGUUUGCUGCUAAUGUACUGCCUUAAAUCCACCCCCCUUGUUUACUGUCUGUGCCAGGGCACCCAUGUGAUGGACGCAUCACAACCCACACCACCCGAGGGACCUGCCAGCGUGGCUCUCCUUCUGAAUGUCUGAAAAUCCUGCACAAGAUUUGUAAGCAGUUUACAGAACAGGUUCUGUCUAGUUAGUUUUGUUUUUUGUAUCUUGCUCAGCAAGGUGGUUUCGAGUUGUACCUGCCACGAGUUCCAGAGAGGAAGUUGGAAGGGGAAGGCUGCCCCCGCCUAACUCUUUCGGACUUCUCUGUCAAAAGUUUGAGUGCGUGGCCAGUGUCUGAAACCAGUGACCUGGAAAAAUGAAUUUCGCUGAUGGACUUUGUUCAACCGUGGCUCUCGGCUAAACCCAAGUCUUGGCUGGACUGUUCGGAUGCAUAGCACUUUUGAACCCCUUUGGUUUUUCAGUGAUCCCGAAGCUGGGAAAUGUUAAUAAAUGUCUGAGUUGGUAUUGAGAGUGAGCUGCCUCCUGUGUACUAGCGGCAAGCUCUUCACACAAAAAGGCUCAAAGAGCACCUUGUUGUUGUUAUGUGCCUUCAAAGAGCACCUUGUGUAAGACUAAUUAAAAACAAGAUUGUUCCUG